AUGCCUGACGAACGAUAUUUUCCAAAUCCUUUCGAUGAUUUCUGUGAAACGAAUCAUGAAAGUCGUGUAUUCAAACAACAGUUACACGAAACAGCAAUAUUUUUGAUCAAAAAAUUUGUUGCAAUGAUCGAAAGCCAGAAAGAUUCACAGUCCUAUCGAGAAGAUGUUUAUGUUGGUGUUGCUGGGAUUGCCUUCAUGUUUUGGAAACUAUCUCGAGCAGAGGAGACGAAAGCAUUAUACCCAUGCUUGGAAAUAGCCUCGAACUACAUUCGUCAAGCAAAACAGCAAUGUCUACAAAAAAAUCGUUCUUCAAAGACUUCGGUAGCAUUUCUAUGCGGUAACGCUGGAAUAGCGGCCAUAUCAGCAGUAAUUUCGUAUGAUAUGGGCAAUGACCAAGAUAUGAAGAAUGAUGUGGAAGACUUCUUAAAAGGAUAUUCGUGCUGUUCUAGACCCAACGAUUACGAUGCCGACGAAGUAUUAGUUGGAAGAGCAGGCUAUCUGCAUGGAGCAUACUGGCUUAAUCAAAUAAUCACUACAAAACCUAUUGAAAAUAUUGUAAUCGAUCAGCUGUGCCAAGUACUCAUAAAACGAGGAAGAAGUAUUUCAUCACAGCUUCAACUUUCGGUUCCGUUGAUGUAUGAAUAUCAUGGUAAAACAUACCUUGGUGCUGCUCACGGUAUAUGCGCGAUUCUCCACGCUUUGUUGGAAUCUCCAUGGUUCAACAAAACGGAAAACAGCCAAUUCUCCCUUUCGCCAUCAAAGCUAUCAGAUAUUAAAAACACUAUUGAUUAUUUGCAAUCACUGCAAAACAGUAAUGGGAAUUUUCCAACAAGGCACGAUUCGGACAGGUUUCUCAUCCACUGGUGCCAUGGAUGCGCUGGCGCUAUUUAUGUUUUUGCAAAGGCAUAUUUAGUUUUCAAAUCAGAGACCUAUCUGCAAACAUGUCGCAAGUGUGCAGAUGCCAUCUGGCAUCAGGGUUUGUUGCGUAAAGGUCCCGGUAUUUGUCAUGGAGUGGCAGGGAAUGGUUACGCAUUUUUAUUAAUGUAUCGGUUGACGGGCGAAACAUGCUAUUUAUAUCGUGCCAGCAAAUUUGCUGAAUUUUUGAAUUCGAAACAAUUCUCAGAAAUAUUACUUGUCCCAGAUCGCCCUUACAGUCUGUAUGAAGGUCUAGCCGGUGCCGUAUGUUUCUUAGUCGAUCUUCUAAAUCCUUCGCAUGCAUCAUUUCCUUUUAUGGAUGUGUUUGAGUGUAAAAUUGAUAAAAAAUAA